AUGGCGCAUCGUGGAGAGACCCUGGAUAAAGAUGUCUCGUGCAUUGCCGAUCUGAAGGCGUUAGGAAGUCGACGACUUCCGCCGAUGGUCAGAGAUUACUACAAUGAGGGUGCUAUGGAUCUGAUAACUUUACGCGAAAACGAAGCAGCCUUUGAUCGCUACAAGAUCUUGCCGCGGACUCUGGUCAAUGUUGACAAAAUCGAUACAAGCACCGAAAUCCUCGGGACAAAGAGCCAGGUAGCUCUCCCGUUUGGAUUUAGCCCUGCUGCCUCUCAAAAACUGGCUCAUCCUGAUGGGGAGCUGGCUGUGUCGCGCGCAGCCGCAAAGUACGGUAUCUGCAUGGGCUUGUCAUCCUACUCCAAUUAUCCCCUCGAGGACGUAGCAGACCAGGGCUUCGGAAAUCCCUAUGCGAUGCAGAUGUGCGUGUUACGGGAUCGUUCCAUCACGAUUCAGCUUCUCCAGCGGGCAGAGAAGGCUGGAUACAAAGCACUUUUCCUGUCCGUUGACGUUCCAGUCCUGGGUAAACGACUUAACGAAUACCGGAACAAUUAUGAACUUCCAAAAGACAUGUCCUGGCCAAAUAUUCUGAGCAGUGGCAGUGAUACAUCCAACCGCACGGAUUACGAUCCGAGCCUAGACUGGGAGAGUACGAUCCCGUGGCUCAGGAAGCAUACAACGCUCAAGAUCUGGCUCAAAGGAAUUUGCAAUCCCGACGACGUAGAACUGGCCAUCCGAUACGGUGUGGAUGGCAUUAUCAUCUCGAAUCAUGGAGGCCGACAGCUUGACGGAAUUCCCGCGACUUUAGAUGCUUUGAGGUUGUGUGCCCCAGUGGCGAAAGGUCGCAUUCCGCUGGCUAUUGAUGGAGGCAUUCGCCGUGGAUCCGACAUUUUCAAGGCUCUCGCUUUGGGCGCCAGCUAUUGCUUUAUGGGGAGGAUACCCAUCUGGGGCCUUGCUUACGAUGGACAGAACGGUGUGGAAUUGGCAAUCAGGAUCCUGCGACAGGAACUUAGGAUCACAAUGGCACUGGCUGGUGACAUCCAUGCUGAUGUCUACUAG